AUGGCGACGACCAAGGACGACCGCUCCGAGAACGAUUUCGGGCCCAUAGCCACGGCCAUUCGAGCUUCCAUCGACAGCAAUCCCUUCAACCGCCAUGAAUCCGUGGGCGUGCCGUACUGCUACAUGUGCAUGGAGGCGACGUGUGAGGUCGACGAAGGGUCUCCUCUGGAACUCAUUUCUCCGUGCGUGUGCCGUUCCGUGGUCCAUCGCAAGUGCCUCAACCAGUGGCGCGCCACGUCCAACACGCAAAACGCCAUGACACACUGCCCGACGUGCAAGGAAGCAGAGACCAUGGCGACGACCAAGGACGACCGCUCCGAGAACGAUUUCGGGCCCAUAGCCACGGCCAUUCGAGCUUCCAUCGACAGCAAUCCCUUCAACCGCCAUGAAUCCGUGGGCGUGCCGUACUGCUACAUGUGCAUGGAGGCGACGUGUGAGGUCGACGAAGGGUCUCCUCUGGAACUCAUUUCUCCGUGCGUGUGCCGUUCCGUGGUCCAUCGCAAGUGCCUCAACCAGUGGCGCGCCACGUCCAACACGCAAAACGCCAUGACACACUGCCCGACGUGCAAGGAAGCGUACGAGACCACCGACACACCGCAAGUUGAGGCGCUGAAAGCACCGAUCUUCUGGGCUAAGGUGUGGCGGGUGGCCGCGUUCGUGGCGCUGGUUCUCGGAGGUAGCUUGAUCGUGCUGCUCGUCGACGCAGGCACGCCCAAGUUUUUCAAUCUGCACUGGAACGCCCUAGAUGGCGAAAUCUACGACUGGGUAGGUCUGCCCAGCGUGCCGCGGUACCUAGUGUACGUGAUGCUGAGUCUGGCCAUGACGUUGUUUGUCAUGGCUGUGCUUUGGCUGGUUCGAUGGUGUCAUCGGAACCGAGUGUGCAGGGACGGAGUGGACUGCUCCAACGUGUGGAUGUGCAACUGCGAGUACUGUACCGACUCCUGCGGCGAGGACAUGCUGAUCAUGGUCGUGCUUGUGCUCGUCAUUGGCGUGUUUGUGGGCCUAGUGAUGCUCGUGAUGGCUAUUGUGGGCGCCGUAGUGAACGCCGUCGACGGCCAGCGAGAGCGGCGGGUGCGGAGCCUCCAAGUCCAACAAACCUAUGUCCGCAACCUGAGGUCGCUGAGCUCAGUCUAAUGAUAUUGGGCGGACGUAGCACGUAUUACGAGACGACGUGUAACUACCGUUAUUCAUCUUUGUCCACCUGGUACAAGAACUGGAACGUACAGUGCAUGGGUAGUAUUGUCCUCUUACCCAAGAUUUGGACUUUUGUGCUGAAUCGCCAAAUCUAUCAUCGAUUCUUUGUACUGAAUUUUG